AUCCUCCCAUUUAAUUGUUGAAGCCACAGAAACUGGUGAGGAGAAGCUCAGAAGCAGUAAUGGCCAGCUUGACCAGCGCAGCAGUCACCAUCCCCACCUUCACCGGGCUGAGGGCCGGCACAGCCGCCGCGAGGCGCGGCGCCAGCGUCGUCGCCGCGCACAGCAAGGCUCCUGCCGCGGCCAUGGUGGCCCGGGCGUCCCUGAGGGAGGUGGGCGCGGCCGCGGCCGCGGUCGCCGCGAGCGCGGUGCUGGCGGGCAACGCGCUCGCCUUCGACGUGCUUCUGGGAGGCAGCGACGGCUCGCUGGCCUUCGUGCCCAACGAGUUCUCGGUGCCCUCGGGGGAGACGAUCGUGUUCAAGAACAACGCCGGGUUCCCCCACAACGUGGUGUUCGACGAGGAUGAGAUCCCCGCGGGUGUCAACGUCGGCUCCAUCUCCAUGCCCGAGGAGGACCUACUGAAUGCCCCAGGCGAGACCUACCAGGUGACCUUGAAGGAGAAGGGCACCUACACCUUCUACUGCGCUCCUCACCAGGGAGCUGGCAUGGUGGGGAAGGUGACUGUUAACUAAGCUCACUGUGCUUGGUGUGCCACUCCCGAGUCUUGCUUAUAUUAAGAGUUAGUGUUCUUAAUGUAUUCAUUGAGUUCCUCUUGAUGAAAGAGAGUUGGUCGUCUUCUUCAUGUGGAAUAUAAAUCUUUCUUCUUUCCUCUA